AUGCACGGCGAAAGCAUAGGUGCGUCAGUACCCAUCGCGGUCGAGGACAUGCUACGUGCCGCUGCCAAAAAGCACCCGCGGCCGCGCGUUGCCAUCAGACGUGAUCCGUGUUUCAAGCCGACGUCCAGAGUGAGGUUGUCCAUGGACGGCGCGCCGCUGACUCGGGGGCAGAUGAAUGCGAUGCAGAGUGCGCGUGCACUCCGAGAUCGCCGGCUGGACCCAGAUCGUCGGCUUCGCAACCCUGUCGACCUGCAGCCCCAGCUUCGUAUCCCCGUCUGCGAAUCGCAGGGCCUCCUGCGCACCGCUCAACAUGCCAUUGCGUCUUUCUCAAUCGCCGGCGGAUUUUUUUCAUGGCGGCUCCGUCCGGAUUUAGCACGGCGUUCCGGCGGCUCGCUCCUGGUGCCACUCUGGAGUCAAGGGCGGCACUCUCGAAACGACUUUAUUCCUUCCUGGGACUCUUUCUUAAUCGGUGCACAAAAGCAAUGGGAUUACGGCUCUAGAACGGUUUCAGCGGUGGGCGUGGCGAGUAAUCCGAAUGGCCCGGUAGACUGCGAACGCUUGUGUUGCACUCUCACCGCUCGCCUCGGCCCUGUCAUUGGCUGGCCUGCCUGUUUCAGCAUGUCCGGCCAGCUUUCCUUCUUGUACCACCCUUCACACCACCGCCUAAUUGUAGUACACGGCCGGCCUUUUCUUUUCACGCCAAUUCCCUAA